UUGUGAACAAUUUUUUUAUCAUGCUUUUUUUUUUCUUUUCUACCACUGAUGGGAGUGCCUGGUCUAAAGGCCGCUAAGCCUUGGGUCGGGCGUAGCCAGCACCAAAGCCAAGCCCCGCGGGCUCGACACAAACCACAACCUGUCGUUCUUUUUUUCUAUCGGUUAAUUGAUACUGAACGUUUAUUUCUCACUAAUCCACUCCGUUAACAUUUCAGUUAAUUCGAGCUACUUAGCUGUAGAACACAAUUACCAAAAUUCAUCAAAAAGGGUUUUCAACUUCGCAAUUUCUUCAGAAAAUCAUGGAACCCUCCAAUGAAGAACAACCAAGCUUCCUUGAUCGUACUUCUCGAGCAACUCGAGGAAAACGGAUGAACAAAUUGCUUGAUGACGAGGUUGAAGAAGAUGAGGCUUUCUGGAAUCAAGACGCUCUUUUGGAGGAAGAAAAUGACAAUGAAUAUGAAGCGGAACCGGAGAUCGCUGAUGAGUUUGAUAGUGACUUUAAUGAAGAUGAGUCUGAACCUGAUGAUGAUGGAGGACAAAAUGAGGCAGAUGCAAGGGAGAAGAGGCCAAAGAAGCGUCUGGUAUAUACAGGAAAGCCACAAACAAAGAAGAAAAAGAAAAAGAAGGACCUAUCUAAAUUAGAAGAAUCUUUGAGGGAUGAAAUGGAUAAGGAUGUUUCAAAUUCAAUGGAGGCUCCAGAUGGAAAGAAGCACUCUGAUCAACCUACGACCCCAGAUCAUCAUGAGGAAGGUGAUGAAGUUGAAGGAGAGAAAAGUGUGAGGAAAUCUACUAGAACUGCUGUUGUAGUUAGGCAGGCUGAAAGAGAAGCAAUUCGCGCUGCAUUACAGGCUACAACGAAGCCUGUAAAAAGAAAAAAAGAAGGCGAGGAGAAGCGGAUGUCUCAGGAAGAAAUGCUCUUGGAAGCUGCUCAGACAGAAAUUACGAACUUGAGACACUUGGAGCGUGUAUUAGCAAGGGAAGAGGAAGUUAAGAAAAGAGCUAUUGUGCAUAAAGAAGUCUAUACCGGCCCACAAAUGCGAUAUUCAUCAAAAAAUGGUGACACAGUUAUUGAAUUCCGAAAUGGACUAUCAUUUGAGUCAGAGAUCUCAACAAAAUCAGUUCCUUAUCCUCAGAAAGCUCUAUGUGCCGUCACUGGACUGCCUGCAAAGUACCGAGAUCCGAAAACAGGGCUACCUUAUGCAACAAAAGAAGCUUUUCAAACAAUACGUGAACGUUAUGCAGCUGAUAACAUGCGCGCCGAAGCUAAGUUGGCCAGUGGCGACUUGUAUGAUUCAAUUAUUGGGCCCGGAUUCGUGGGCAAGAGGAAGAGAUUGACCGUCCCACAUCAAGAUGAUUCAUCAUAUGCUCAAGACUCGAGGCGGUUUUGCAGAUUUCCGGCGGUUACUGAUCUGGUUUCAGAUUAGUUGCUAGGACAAGCCUUACCCUAAUGCCACAGCCGGAGUUUGGAACACAAGACUGUUUUCAAGUUUAAUUGGACUAGUCAGACUGUUACUUAGUCAUCCCCAACUUCUGAUUUUGUGAUGCAAUGUUAACUCUUGGCAACAUUUGCAGACAGCGGCACUUGGAUGUAAGACAAGUGUGCAGGGGAAGUAGAAGACCACUGUGAACUAUGAACUCGAGCUUUGCUGUUGAUGUGGAAGGUCACGCGAAUGCAAGUUUUUGUCACUGAUUCUUUUCUCGAUUUCCACAGUUCGAAUAAUCUAGUCGAAUCUGAUGUAAUCUGCAUUUUUAUGGGGUCUUUGAUAUCUUUCUCCAGAAUUGAUGUUUCUUAGAGUUGAAAUUGUAUUGUUCCCUCGUGGCAUGACUGAUAGAGACAUUCAAUUUAACAUUCAAAAAGUUAUAUGGA